GCGCAGCAGACCUGCUCCGGCCGCGCGCCUCGCCGCUGUCCUCCGGGAGCGGCAGCAGUAGCCCGGGCGGCGAGGGCUGAGGGUUUCUCGAGACUCUGAGAGAGGCGCCUCCCAUCGGCGCCCACCACCCCAACCUGUUCCUCGCGCGCCACUGCGCUGCGCCCCAGGACCCGCUGCCCAACAUGGAUUUUCUCCUGGCGCUGGUGCUGGUAUCCUCGCUCUACCUGCAGGCGGCCGCCGAGUUCGACGGGAGGUGGCCCAGGCAAAUAAUGUCAUCGAUUGGCCUAUGUCGUUAUGGUGGGAGGAUUGACUGCUGCUGGGGCUGGGCUCGCCAGUCUUGGGGACAGUGUCAGCCUUUCUACGUCUUAAGGCAGAGAAUAGCCAGGAUAAGGUGCCAGCUCAAAGCUGUGUGCCAACCACGAUGCAAACAUGGUGAAUGUAUUGGGCCAAACAAGUGCAAGUGUCAUCCUGGAUAUGCUGGAAAAACCUGUAAUCAAGAUCUAAAUGAGUGUGGCCUGAAGCCUCGGCCCUGUAAGCACAGGUGCAUGAACACUUACGGCAGCUACAAGUGCUACUGUCUCAACGGAUAUAUGCUUAUGCCGGAUGGUUCCUGCUCAAGUGCCCUGACCUGCUCCAUGGCAAACUGUCAGUAUGGCUGUGAUGUUGUUAAAGGACAAAUACGGUGCCAGUGCCCCUCCCCUGGCCUGCAGCUGGCUCCUGAUGGGAGGACCUGUGUAGAUGUUGAUGAAUGUGCUACAGGAAGAGCCUCCUGCCCUAGAUUUAGGCAAUGUGUCAACACUUUUGGGAGCUACAUCUGCAAGUGUCAUAAAGGCUUCGAUCUCAUGUAUAUUGGAGGCAAAUACCAAUGUCAUGACAUAGACGAAUGCUCACUUGGUCAGUAUCAGUGCAGCAGCUUUGCUCGAUGUUAUAACAUACAUGGGUCCUACAGGUGCAAAUGUAAAGAAGGAUACCAGGGUGAUGGACUGACUUGUGUGUAUAUCCCAAAAGUUAUGAUUGAACCUUCAGGUCCAAUUCAUGUACCAAAGGGAAAUGGUACCAUUUUAAAGGGUGACGGAGGACAUAAUAAUUGGAUUCCUGAUGUUGGAAGUACUUGGUGGCCUCCGAAGACACCAUAUAUUCCUCCUAUCAUUACCAACAGGCCUACUUCUAAGCCGACAACAAGACCUACACCAAAGCCAAUACCAAUUCCUACUCCACCACCACCACCACCCCUGCCAACAGAGCUCAGAACACCUCUACCACCUACAACCCCAGAAAGGCCAACCACCAGACUGACAACUAUAGCACCAGCUGCCAAUACACCUCCAGGAGGGAUUACAGUUGACAACAGGGUACAGACAGACCCUCAGAAACCCAGAGGAGACGUGUUCAUUCCACGGCAACCUUCAAAUGACUUGUUUGAAAUAUUUGAAAUAGAAAGAGGAGUCAGUGCAGACGAUGAAGCAAAGGAUGAUCCAGGUGUUCUGGUACACAGUUGUAAUUUUGACCAUGGACUUUGUGGAUGGAUCAGGGAGAAAGACAAUGACUUGCACUGGGAACCAAUCGGGGACCCAGCAGGUGGACAAUAUCUGACAGUGUCGGCAGCCAAAGCCCCAGGGGAAAAAGCCGCACGCUUGGUGCUACCUCUCGGCCGCCUCAUGCAUUCAGGGGACCUGUGCCUGUCAUUCAGGCACAAGGUGACAGGGUUGCACUCUGGCACACUCCAGGUGUUUGUGAGAAAACACGGUGCCCACGGAGCAGCCCUGUGGGGAAGAAAUGGUGGCCAUGGCUGGAGGCAAACACAGAUCACCUUGCGAGGGGCUGACAUCAAGAGCGUCAUCUUCAAAGGUGAAAAAAGGCGUGGUCACACUGGGGAGAUUGGAUUGGAUGAUGUGAGCUUGAAAAAAGGCCACUGCUCUGAAGAACGCUAACAACUCCAGAACUAGCAAUGAACUCCUAUGUUGCUCUAUCCUCUUUUUCCAAUUCUCAUCUUCUCUCCUCUUCUCCCUUUUAUCAGGCCUAGGAGAAGAGUGGGUCAGUGGGUCAGAAGGAAGUCUAUUUGGUGACCCAGGUUUUGCUGGCCUGCUUUUGUGCAAUCCCAACGAACAGUGAUACCCUCCUUGAAAUACAGGGCCAUCGUAGACACAUCAAAGCCAUCUGUGGGUGUUGCCUUCUAUCCUGUGUCUCUUUCAGGAAGGCAUUCAGCAUGCGUGACCCAUACCAUCCUCCAUCCUGAUUACAAGGAAUCACAAAGAUGAUUAAAGGGUUGGAAAAAAAGAUCUAUGAUGAAAAAUUAAAGGAACUGGGAUUAUUCAGCCUGGAGAAGAGAAGACUGAGGGGCAAACCAUUGAUGGUUUUCAAGUAUAUGAAGGGUUGGCACAGAGAGGAUGGUGACCAGCUGUUCUCCAUAUGCACUAAGAAUAGAACAAGAGGAAACUGGCUUAGACUAGAGUAUAAGGGAGCAUUUCUUGGCAGGGGCCAUUGUUAAAUUAGAAUACUUCAUAAAAAAAGAAGUGUGAAAAUCUCAGUGUCUCUCUUUCUGAAAAAUUAGAUAAAAAUUUAUCUAUUUAAGAUGGUUAAAGAUGUUCUUACCCAAGGUAAAGUAACAAAUUAUAGAAUUUCCCAAAAGAUGUUUUGAUCCUACUAGUAGUAUGCAGUGAAAAUCUUUAGAACUAAGUAAUUUGGACAAGGCUUAAUUUAGGCAUUUCCCUCUUGACCUCCUAAUGGAGAGGGAUUGAAAGGGGAAGAGCCCACCAAAUGCUGAGCUCACUGAAAUAUCUCUGCCUUAUGGCAAUCCUAGCAACAUUAAAGAAAAAAGGAAACUAUUUAUUCCAAAUGACAGUAUGAUGGACAGAUAUUUUAGUAUCUCAGUAAUGUCCUAGUGUGACGGUGGUUUUAAAUGUUUCUUCAUAGUAAACAUAUAAGCCUUUCAUUUGUUCAGUGGAUGAUGUUUCAGAUUUUUUUUUUUUUAAGAGAUCCUUCAAGGAACACAAUUCGAGAGAUUUUCAUCUGGUGCAUUCUCUCUGCUUCAUGUAUGACAAGUUAUCUUGGCUGCUGAGAAAGAGUGCCCUGCCCCACACCAGCAGACCUUUCCUUCACCUCAUCAGUAUGAUUCAGUUUCUCUUAUCAAUUUGACUCUCCCAGGUUCCACAGAACAGUAAUAUUUUUUGAACAAUAGGUACAAUAGAAGGUCUUCUGUCAUUUAACCUGGUAAAGGCAGGGCUGGAGGGGGAAAAUAAAUCAUUAAGCCUUUGAGUAACGGCAGAAUAUAUGGCCGUAGAUCCAUUUUUAAUGGUUCAUUUCCUUUAUGGUCAUAUAACUGCACAGCUGAAGAUGAAAGGGGAAAAUAAAUGAAAAUUUUACUUUUCGGUGCCAAUGAUACAUUGCACUAAACUGAUGGAAGAAGUUAUCCAAAGUACUGUAUAACAUCUUGUUUAUUAUUUAAUGUUUUCUAAAAUAAAAAAUGUUAGUGGUUUUCCAAAUGGCCUAAUAAAAACAAUUAUUUGUAAAUAAAAACACUGUUAGUAAUA